AUGUCUUCCACCAAGAUCACCACUCCCCAGGAGAAAACAUUCAGCACCUAUAACCAAGCCCAAGGCGAGAGAUACGCCAAUGUUCGCCCCGAGUACCAUGCCAGUCUAUUCAAGAUAAUUCUCGACCACCACAUGGCAACCGGAGGCGAAUGCAAUAAGCUUCUCGAUCUAGGCUGUGGUCCGGGGACUGCCACGCACGGACUUGCCUCCGCAUUUACCCAAGUUCUAGGCAUCGAUCCAUCAGACGGGAUGAUAGCCACGGCACGCUCUCACAAUUCCACAGCCAACGUGGAAUUUGCAGUCUCCACAGCUGAGGAUCUAGGCUCGAACCUCUCACCGCCAGUUGAGGAUAGCAGCGUCGACCUGAUCACCGCAGCGAACGCAGCUCACUGGUUCGACAUGCAGAACUUUUGGUCGAGUGCGGCUCGGGUUCUUAAGCCCGGUGGUACAGUUGCAUUUUGGACACCUGGUCGUGCAGGCGUUCAUCCUUCUACGCCAAAUGCAGAAAAUAUUCAAGCUGCGAUGGAUGCUAUGGAGGAGGAGUAUAUUUCUCCAUUUUAUGAACCUGGGAAUGUCAUGGUUCGGGGGCGAUAUGUUGAUAUGCUUCUUCCUUGGAUGAUUGAUCAGCCUGUCGAGGUAUUUGAGAAGGAGAGCUUCUUUCGAAAGGACUGGGAGGUUGAUGAGCAGUUUUUUGCUGUUACGCCGGAAGUAGGAAUGGAUCAGCUAGAGAAGAUGGUUGCCGUUGGUAGUCCUGUGACGCGGUGGCGUUUGGCUAACCCUGAUGCUGUGGGGACUGAGAAAGAUAUUGUGAGGAUGCUCCGCAGACGCAUUGAGCAGCUACUGCAUGAGGCGGGAGUGGAGAAGGGCAAGGAGAUUGUUCGAGCUGCUUCGCGAGGAGCACUCUUGAUGGUGAAGAAGAGCACUAUCAGUGCUUAG